CUUUCCGAAAUAUUCAGUAAUAUUUCAUCAUCAUAUAGACCGAUAACAUAAUAUACCACUAGAAUUAUAAGGUGACAAUUAAUAUGACAAAAAAAUUGACAAAAUGUACACAUGAUUUGAAAUGAAAGAGAUAUUCAUAGGGUUUCUACAAACAUAUACUCAAUAGGGUUUCUAAAAAUUGAAUGACCACCUUUAAUUUGUCUUUCUACUGUCUCUAUCUACCGUCUAUAUUACUAUAUAACAUCACAUACUACCAAAUUCUAAUAAAUUGUGUAAAUGAAAAAAAAAGCACCCUAUUUUACACACAAAAGAAGAGAAACAACAAAAAAAAAAAAAAAAAAAAAGGAAGAAGAAUGUGAUAGAGAGAGAAAAAGAUGGAAAUAAAGAAAAGGAAAGAAAGGCACAGCUGAACUGGAUUCACAGUCGCACAAAACUGUAAUAAUCACACAACAACAAACGAUAAACCCCCCACAAAAAAAAAAAAGCAAAAAAAAAAAAAAAAAAAAAAGCAAAAAAAUUUACAGAAGUAGUGCAGAGAACAAAACCUGAAAGAGAAUGAAGGCGUGCUAAAGAGGAAAACAACAGAAAAAAAUAAGAAUUGGGUUUGAUAUUUUUGUCACCAUUUUUUCUCUCUCCUCCCAAAUUUAUUGUUCUAAGGUUGAAGAAAGAGAAAUUGUGGGUUUCAAGCUUUAUUUGAUCUGUUGUUGUAAUUUGUAGUUUCUGGGUUGAAGCAGAUCCAAGUGUAUUUGAUGUUAAAAAGUUUGCAAGUUUCAGAAAUUGAGGGGAUCUUCUUCAGUGGGUGGUAAAGUUGAAAAGUUAUUGACUUGGGAAAUUUUGCAAGUUCAUUGAUUUUUGGAAGACUUUCUAAAUUGGCAUAUUGAAUAACUGGUCUGACCCUAAAUUAGGGAGUUGUAUCAUCAUUCAAGCUAGACUGCUUUGUCCUGAAGACUGUGCACCCGGGCACGUUGUUAUACGAGGCGAUUUGUUGCUGUGUGGGGAGAAUUUUGAGGUUUGUUUGCUUGGAUAUUGGUGGCUUCAAGGUUAUAUGGAUUGGAUUGUGUGACAUACAGCUAAGGGUGAUUAAAGGCAUUUGGGAUGCCUCCAUCACCAUCAUUAAGACGUUCUCCUGUUGGGGACCCUCGUGGCGAAAUUCAUAAGAGGGGUCGGAGUCUUGAGGGUGGGAUGUCUUUUAAAGAAAGAGAUGAUGAUCUUGCUCUAUUCAAUGAAUUGCAGAGCAAAGAAAGUGAGAGUUUUCUUCUACAGUCAUCAGAUGAUUUUGAAGAUAUAUUGUCUUCAAGAGUGAAGUCUUUCCCAGAUGUAAAGCUCGGAAUCAAUAUACCUACUCGAGGAGAGAGCAGUGACCUGCUCAAUGCCGAUGGGGACAAGAAUGAUUAUGAAUGGUUAUUGACUCCUCCAGACACACCUCUUUUCCCAUCAUUGGAUGAUGAGCCGGCGCCAGUCAACCUUGUACAUAGUGGUAGAGCUCGAACUCGGCCCAUUUCCAUUUCAAGAUCAUCUACUAUGGAGAGAAGUCAGAGAAGCAGUAGAGGCAGUCCUAGUCCGCAGCGUUCGACCCCAUCUCCUCGGUCUGGCAGUGGUACAUUUCGGGGAAGACCUUCUUCAGCUCCUCAUUCAAGUCCUGUUCCUUUACGGCCUAGUACUCCAUCAAGGAGACCGUCACCUCCACCGGUCAAGCCUUCAACACCUCCUCCAAGAUCUUUAACACCAACAUCUCGGAGGACAACUGUUGGAUCUCCUGGGUCUGUGGCUGCAUCAGGGAUGAGGGGUACGUCCCCUGUAAAUACAAGUCGUGGCAAUUCUGCAUCACCUAAAGUAAGGGCAUGGCAGUCUAGCAUUCCAGGUUUCUCCUUGGAGGCACCUCCUAAUCUUCGAACUUCUUUGGCUGAUCGACCAGCAUCUUAUGUUAGGGGAUCUUCGCCAGCAUCUAGAGCUAGCAGAGGCAGGCAAUCAAUGUCUCCCACUGCUUCUAGAAGCAUCAGUUCAUCCCAUAGUCAAGAACGAGACAGGCUGAGCUCACAGAGUAAGGGGUCUAUAGUGUCAUCAGGUGAUGAUGAUGCAGACUCUUUUCAGUCCACUCCUUUGAGUUUAUCUGAGCGCCCAAUGUCAAGAAAGGGUGUUGGUGGUUUUCCUAGUGGCAGACCAGGACCAGUGGCUUACUCUAAGAAACCUUCCAAGACAAUCUCUUCAAGUUCUGUUCCAAAGAGAUCAUUUGAUUCUGCAAUGCGGCAAAUGGAUCGAAAAAGUCCUCAAAAUAUGUUCAGGCCGCUUUUAUCUAGCGUCCCCAGCUCUACCUUCUACGCUGGAAAAGUCAGUUCUGCCCAUCGCUCUAUGAUAUCGAGGAACUCUUCUGUCACCACCAGCAGUAAUGCUAGUUCUGACCUAGCAAUCGGUGGGGCACAUGAUACUGAAGAUGAUGGGACAAGUGAAUAUACUAGGGCACCCUUCUCUGAUAAUCAAGAUGAAGUAUUUCCCUUUGAAAAGGUGGAUGUUGCAAAUAAAGACACUGGGCGUGAAGAGCAUGAUUUAUUAUCCGAACCUAGUAAUGGCUGUGCAUUGGCAUCUAAUGCGGGUGAUUCCAAAGAAUCCAAUCUCCAUGUUCGUGUUAUGGAAGCUGUUCGAGCGGAUGUACAAGAUGAUUUUGUAAAAAUUGAUUGCCAUGAUAAUGUAUUGCUCUGCUGUAGAUGUGGCAGCUCGUAUCAUCAUGACGAGCUUACAGAGAAUGAAGAUAACAUAUGUCCUGAAUGCAGUCAGAAAGAAGAAAUGUUAAGUAAACCUUCCUUGUUGGUCAGAUCGGAGAUCACACAGAAUGCUUCAGCCCCUUCAAUGAAUGUCUCCGAGGAAUCCCUUGUAACACAUUCUACACUGGCUCUGGGUAAUGCUGAUUCAAGGGAAAUUUCGCAGACAGCUCCUCAUGAAGAGAAUACACUUGAAGCCGAGGAUAUGGUCAGUCGGCUGAGGGGAAAUUGUCUGGAAGAUUCUCUUUCAAUGUCAGUGGGAGAGGAAAGUAUGCAGAUGCUCCCUGAACAGGAAAUAACCAAAGUAUAUACAACUGUUAAUAAUCCAUCUCAUACAGCUGACAGCUUGCAGGAGAUGCAAAAUUGUUGUGAUAAGACCAACAGGAAUCUCAAUGUGGCUGAAGGUGCUGGGAUAUCAGUUCUUCUACUAAAUAGGUCCAGUAGUUUAAAAGGGCCUCUAGUUCAUGGUAGGACCAUCAACAGCAGCGCUAUAUCGUAUGAUGAUCUAUCUUAUGCUAGAGACUUGACCAGUUCGAUGAGGAGCUCUAUUGGUCAUGGUAGUUUCUCUGCUACAUCUUCCAUUGAUUUGACCUCGGCUAGACAUGGAGAGAUGGUUGCACAUAGACAGUGGAGUGGCAAGAGAUCUGAUGCAAGCUCAAAACAUCAGAGCACAGGAUCUUCAUUAUCAGGGACAUCCUUGCCAGUUUAUCAAAGUUUUGGACUUUCCACAAGCUCACAUGAUGGAAGUUGUGAAGGCUCUGUCAGCAACGUGAGGCAUAUAGCUGCAGGGGAGAGACCUGGAUCACCUUCUGAUCAAGUACUAGCUAUAGAAAUUAUGGAGUUGCAUGAUCGAGUUCCAUCUGCUUCUAUGGCAUCGAUAUCAGGAGAGGACAACAAUGGCAUUUGUAUGACUUCUAGAGAAAUAGAUACUUCUUUCAUGGCUGACCAUAUGGUAACAGCCGAGUUUGAGGACAAAUCUCAAGCAUCUGUAGGCAUAGCUGGACAUGUUGUGCAUGAAUAUCAAGAAGACAUGCCAAAGAGCAUAGAAAAUAUCCGAAAUAUAGAAGAGAUGACAUUCAUAGAAUCCUCUUUGGUAGAGGAAAAUACAGUGCCAGGCAACAGGGUGGAUCAAGGGGAAGCUACAGAAGAUCCUGUGAAAAGUUCUAUAUCUACAAUGUCCGAAAUAGAAAUUAAUGAUUCUCAUCCUAGCUCCCCAAAGUCACAAAUUGAUACGGUCUCCAGGGAAGAGUUGGAAAAUCUUUCAUCGACAACUCAUCAUGAUGAUGUCAAGAAAUCAGAUCAUGCUGAUAGGAUUGGAGGGGAAUCUACAGUAACAAUGGAGGAACAAGGAGGGAGGCGGACAAGAAGUUUAACACUAGAAGAAGCAACAGAUACAAUUCUCUUUUGUAGUUCCAUUGUUCACGAUCUCGCUUAUAAGGCUGCUAGUAUUGCCAUUGAGAAAGAAAAAGAAAACCUAGAGCCAUUAGAAGGUUCUAGACCGAUGGUUACCAUCCCGGAAAGACGUAGCUCAGACCGAAGGGAUCCUCGUGGAGCUACUAGAACACCAAAAACUCAGAAAGCCAAGAAGAGGCGUGAAGCAGAGCCGGAACUAAAAUCUCCUCUCACUGAAAAUGAUGAGAAGUCUAACGAACCGGUGGUUCGGAAUGUUGGGCUUCCUUACAAUGGCGAUAGCACGAAACCGCCUAAGUUGGAAUCCAAGUGCAACUGCACAAUAAUGUGAGAUAUUCAUUUAUAGGAUUUUCUGGGUACUUAUUAGUAAUCUUGAGUUUUUGUUUUUUUGUUGGGGGGGUUUGUUUCAUAAUUGCAAAAUUUCUUCUCUUCCAAAUUAUUUGUAACACGGUACCACGCUUUUGUGGGGGUGCAUAAUCUUGUAAAGUUUCUUGUCAAAUUAGGCUGAUAUUAUUAGAGAGAGAGAGGCAAUUAAGGUAUGUUCAUGCUCAAAUUACCACAUAAAUGUUUUAGUCACAGUUAAUUAUUUUUCAGGUUUGGAUUAGCAGACGUUCUUGCCAUAUAUAUUUGUUUCAUUUGAUGCAUCAGCGAAGAGCUGGAAUUAAUAAAAGCGAUUAUUGUUUUGGCUUGUCA